AUGUUUGCCAGGGCAUGCGUCGAGAUAGACCUGACCAAGCCAUUGUUGGGAAGAUACAAGGUGGAAGGAAUUGAAUAUGAAAUUAAGUAUGAGGGGCUAGAUAAUAUAUGCUUCGAGUGCGGGACCUAUGGUCACUCCAAACUGGCAUGUCCCACGUUGCAUGUGCAUGAACAACAGAAUAUGGGUUCAACAGAAGAGCAAAAGGCGGAAACGAGAAGGCACGAUGAACCCUACGGGGAUUGGAUGGUUGCUAAACGCAGGGAUAGACGACCAGUCAAGAGAACGACUACUGGACAGGCGGGUAGUGCACUGACCAAAGCAACUUCAGCGGAGCCAAGACACGGUACAGGCUCAAGAUUUGACAUAUUGGUAGAAGCUGGGGAGGAAACGGCAACGUCGGGGGCACAAGAGCGGGGGAUGCGCCAUAACCAGAAUAAAACAAAUGAGACAAGAUCCUUGCAAAGGGAAAACCAGAAGCAAUCUAUUGCUGGGAAACAACAAAUCAGGGUGGAAAAGCAAGGGGAAGAUUCAACACGCAAGGAUAGUCCUACCACGAGGGGGACCGAGCCCCAGCCUAGCCCCACCCAAAUGCGGCAGUCCGACCAAGAUAGCACUAUUCAGAGUUUCUCGGGGGAAACAAACGGGAAUGCAGCAAGAGCACCGAUGUAG